AUGACACCAGCUAUGAUAAGGGCAAGAAGACCUUAUUUUUGGAAAAAUGCAGCUGCUUUUGUUGCAUUAUCAUCUAUAACCGUUGGUAUAUAUUUCUAUACUUAUAGUUUCUUAGGUGCAGAUGAUUUUGAAGAUGUUCCAAUUCCACCAAUUUCUGAUGCUGAAUUAGCUAAAUUAAAGAAAGAAUAUGAAGCUUCAAAAAAAUCACAAAAUUGA